GUUUAAACACGGAAACAAGAUUCGUGUGUGGUAUUUACAUACUUUUCUUAUAACUGGCGCACUGUAUAAACUUUUUUUUAACACUAAAGUUGCCGUUAUGAUAACAUUAUUGUACAUCUUUUGAUAUGGUUCAUUUCCACUGAUUCUGUAUUAAAAUUUGAAUUAUGUACUCAAUCGCCGCACCUGAUACGCCCAAGUUAAUAUUUUGUUACUCGUCCAGCUUCUUGCUGUUGCCGAAAGGUGAUUUGGGGUGCAUACAUUUUAACAAUAUCUGAUGACUAAUUUAUGCUUUGAAGGACAUACUGAUAAAGUACUUGUUUUAAAUACAUUUAUGCAUAGCAUAUGAAGAGAAAACUUGAAGCAUAGUUUUGAAAAGAAUAGUGUUUUGUACUGUGACAGCUGAAAAUUUAAUAUUGUUAUAUACAUAACCAAGCAAACAUGUCAGCAAAGGACAAGAGAAGUGGGAAUUUGCUUGAAAUGUUUGGUGGACUUGGGAAAGCAUCAAGAAAAGACAAAGGAAAAUGGGUACAUAAUCAGAGACCUCAGUCAGAUGAUUUUACUGACCAAGUUCAGAAUGAUGCAGAAAAUAAUUUAAAAUCUCUGACAGAUGAACAAAUUAACAUUCAGUUUGAGUCCAUGUUGGAUGAUAUGAAUUUAUCUGAAGAGCUUAAAGUGCCGUUGAGGAAUAAAGGCCUAGAUGAAAAGAAAUAUUUAUUAAGCAUUCACAUGAAAGGAAGUACUGUUAAAAGUCGUCUUGAUAGUCCUGAAGAUUAUAUUUCAUGUUUAAGUAAUUCAGACAUAAGUGUUCAUAAGUUAUUUAAAAACUUGGAAUCAUUACGGAUUGCAUUAACUAAUAACACAGUCAGCUGGGUGCAAGAAUUUGGUAGCCGUGGUCUUGAUAAAUUGCUUCAGAUACUUAAUUCUUGCUAUGGAAAAAAAUUAAAGACGGAACGCAUUCAACAUGAAUGCAUCAAAUGUUUGAGAGCUCUGAUGAACAGUACAGUUGGUUUGAAACAAAUCUUUCAACAUUCUAAUGCUUUAAGCAUAUUAGCACGUUCUAUUGAUCCUUCUGUGCCUGUUAUUAUGACGGAUGCUGUUAAAUUAAUGGCUGCUAUGUGCCUUGUUCCCCCUAAUGGACAUGAAAAAGUCCUAGAAGCAAUAACUAUAUGUGGAGAGAUUGAAGGACAGGAACGCUUUGCUCCCAUCAUUCAGGGGUUAGACAAAAGAAAUGAAACUUUACGAAUUGCUUGCAUUCAGCUGAUAAAUGCAUUAGUUACUUCACCUGAUGAUUUGGACUUCCGUUUACACCUAAGAAAUGAAUUUAUGAGAACAGGACUAAUUGAUGUUUUAGAGAAUUUGCAAGCAGAAGGAAACCAAACUGCUGAAUUAAGUAUUCAGUUGAAAAUUUUUCAUGACCACAAAGAUGAAGAUUUUGAUGAAUUUUCACAGCGUUAUGAAAAUAUACGUUUAGAAUUUGAAGAUAUGAAUGAUUGCUACGAACUUAUCCGGCAAACAAUUUCUGAGACACCUGCUGAGAAUGAUUUCCUUUCAGUGCUUCAACAUUUAUUGUGUUUACGGGAUGAUGUUACUGUGAGGUCAGCAUAUUACAGAUUAAUAGAAGAAUGCAUUUCUCAAAUAGUGUUACAUAAAAAUGGCUGUGAUCCAGAUUUCAGGCAUACAAAGCGAUUUAAAAUUGAUGUAGAACCUCUUAUUGAAACUAUUGUUGAUAAAUCUAAGCAGGAAGAUGAGCGGAUAUCAGAUGAGCUUAGUAAAAAGCUAGAAGAUGCUCUUACGGCCAAACAAGAGUCAGAAGCAAAAUUAGCCCAAGUUGAAAGCCGACUUCGAGAAUACGAAACCGUAAUAUCUGAAGUUCGAAAAGGGGGUAAGCUUCCACAGCUACCUUCAGGAUUAUCAGCUUCAACUGGCUCCAUUCCUCCUCCACCACCUCCACCCCCUCCAGGAGGUAGUAUGCCCCCUCCUCCUCCACUAAUGCCUGGAUGCGGUGGCCCACCACCACCUCCUCCUAUGCCUGGGUCUGGACCACCUCCUCCACCUCCUAUGCCUGGUAUGGGGCCACCUCCACCACCACCGCCUCCUGGAUCUGGCCCACCACCUCCUCCUCCUCCGCCUGGUCUAGGAGGUAUCAGAUUUCCUCCGCCUCCUAUGGGAGGUCUUUCACCAAGCCUACCAUCCUCUAAUAUAUUGCCAUACGGAAUGCAACCCAAGAAAAAAUAUGUCUUAGACACACCUUUAAAACGUGCCAACUGGAAAAAGAUUCCACCUCAGAAAUUAUCUGAUAAAGCAUUCUGGGUUUCUGUUCAUGAAGAAAAAUUAGCUAGUGAUGAUAUUUUUGAAACAUUAUCAUCUAAGUUUUGUUCUAAACCUCAAGCGAAAAAAGAAAACAAUAAACUUGAAGAGAAAAAAACUACGAAGAAAGUUAAAGAAUUAAAAGUUCUAGAUGCCAAAUCAGCGCAAAAUUUAAUGAUUUUAUUAGGUUCCGUUAAAAUUUCAACUGAAGACAUGUUGAAAUACAUUCUUAGAGUUGAUGAAGAGCAGCUGACAGAUGCUAUGCUUCAACAAUUAAUUCGAUAUAUGCCUGAACCAGAACAACUGUCUAGGCUAGAGCAGUUUAAAGAUCAAUAUAAAGAACUAGCUGAAGCUGAACAAUUUGCAAUGACUAUGGGAAGCAUAAAGAGGUUGGUGCCAAGAUUAAAGUCUAUAAGCUUUAAAAUGAGGUUUCAAGAAAUGGUCCAAGAUAUCAAACCAGAUAUUGUAGCUGCUACUGCUGCAUGUGAAGAAGUUAAAACAAGCAAGAAAUUUUGCUUAAUUCUGGAGGUAAUUCUUCUUAUAGGAAAUUACAUGAAUGCUGGUUCAAGAAAUGAGCAAGCUGUUGGUUUUGAAAUAAACUUUUUAACAAAACUUAACACAACAAAAGCUGUUGAUCAUAAAACUACUCUGUUGCAUUAUUUAGUUGAAAUAAUAGAAAAGAAAUAUUCAGAUGCAUUGAAUUUUGCUGAAGAACUGAUGCAUGUAGAUCGAGCUGCACGAGUAUCUGCUGAUCAGAUUCAAAAAAAUUUAAAUCAGAUGAAGAAAUCUAUAAAACAGUUAGAAAUGGAUCUAAAAAAUUUCCGUCCACAUAAUGAGGAAGAUAGGUUCGCUGAUGUGAUGAGUAGCUUUUUAACAGAAGCUUCUACUCAGUAUGAAAUUUUAGAGAACAUGUUCAAACAAAUGGAAAAAUUAUAUGAAGACUUAGCCAUUUAUUUUGCUUUUGAUUCUAAGAAAUAUACAUCAGAUGAAUUUUUUAGUGAUAUUAAAACUUUCAAAGACAACUUUCAGGAAGCAUACAAAGACAAUCUACGCAUAAGAGAAACAGAGGAAAAAAUGAGGAGAGCGAGAGAGGCCAAAGAAAAGGCAGAAAAAGAAAAGCAAGAAAGAAUGGCUAAAAAGAAGCAGUUGGUUGAUAUAAGUUCAGGGACAGAUCAAGAAGGCGUUAUGGAUAGUUUAUUAGAAGCUCUUACAACAGGCUCGGCAUUUUCUCACAAACCACGACGUAAAAAUCCUGCUCGGGGUGCUGCUGAACUGGAGCAUUUGGUAUCACAGUUUAGUUAUCCAGAGAAAGAAGGGCACAGUUGAACCGAAGUCGUUCUAGGAGCAACAUAAUAUCUCAUCACAGCGGUGGUAGGGAAAAUUUAAAUCAUUUAGACUCUCGAAAUGGUGAAAUUGUGCGGUGAGAAAGAAAUAUUCUAGUUUAGUUUAAAAUGUGUUCUAGCAUUGAAACUUCAAAAUUCUGAGGUUCUGACAGUGCUAAAAGAAACUUAGUAUUGUACAGUUUUUAAAAUGUAUAGAAAGAGAAUUUGUUGUUACAGUUUUCAACAAAUCCUAUUCCUUUAUUUAUGUUCAUUGUUUGAAAUAUUUGCUGAUAUAUUUUAGAUUUGAAAAAAAGCUUCUUUAUGUGAAUAGUCAUUUAUCUUUGUUUUUGUAUUUAUAAAUUUAUCAGAAAAUUGUGAAUUCACUACAUGUGUAACAUGUGUAUGAAUUAUAAUUUAUUUUAUUAAAAAUGUGAAUUGGAAAUUCAAUAAUAGGAAUGGAAACAAUUUUUGUAAAAUAUAUAAACAUAGAGUAAAAUUGUGUUUAAUUUUAAAAAAUGUUAUAACUUGUUAAGUGUAGGUCAUUGAUUUUUAAAGUUUUCUGUACUAUAAUUUUAUGCUUGAAUCAAAUUAAUUAACCUUUAAAUUUGUUUAAAAUUUUAAGAAUUACUUAAAUACUUAAGUUACAAUACAUCGACUGAAUAAUUUUAUGGAAGUGAUAAAGAUGAAUAUUAUAAACAAAAUCAGACAUACCAUCUUUGAAAUUGCAUUCAAUUCCCAGUUUACUGAACUGAUACUUUGAAUGUUGUGUACAGUUAACCUGAAACUGCAAUUGAUAUGAAGGCAGUUAAAAUUCACAAGAGAGAUGAAUAAUUAAUUUUCUAAUAACAGAAAAAUACUGCUAACAGUUUAUUUAUAGUUUCACGGAGUUUAAUCUAGGGAUUAAUUUGAUUACAGCAAUUAAAUCAGUAUUCAAAGUAAAAAGAAUAAAUGGUAAAUAAUGGAAGAAUAAACAUCAGUAGAAUUAAAGCAACUAAGUUAUAAAUAGAAUAAAAACAGUAUUUGAAACUUGAACAAUGUCACCCAGUUCAAACCCACUUUAAAAAAUUAGUUAGAACUUUGUCUUGUAUUGUACAUUGUUUAUGUAUUCCAGAUUACAUGUAAUUAAAUUACAUGAUGUAGAUAAAAAUAGUUCUAAAUUACGAUGAUAUCAUCUGCUGUCAACUACAAUGUCAUAAAUUUUGCUUUAUAUUUUUUAUGAUAAUUUGUUAUAUCCAUUAUUCCACUAUAAGUAAACCGGUAAUUUUUCAGAUAAGGCUUAGUUAAAUUGCAUCUAGUUGAUUGGAAUUGCCUGUGUAAACAUUUUAAAGCUAUGUAUAUCUAUUUAUGCAGAUGCUUGUGUAAAUCAAAAAUUAUCUGAAUAUAUAAAUUAGAAUUGUUUUAAAUAUUUCCUCUCAGUUUAAUUGUAAUUUGUGAGAUUGAUUUAUUUCGUACAAUCAACAUGUAAGAAAUCCAGACUUUCUCCAAAAUGCAAAAUGUAUGUUGUAAUAUUUAUUUAUUUUUUUCAUUAAAAUAUGCUGAAUUUGGCCAUACACGAAGAGAUCAGUUGCAGAUGUGCUGCAGUGUGUGCCUUUUUUCUUGGGACCAUACUUGCUGUUCAGGGAACAUUGCUUAUUAUACCAAAAUAAAAUAUUGAUAUCUGUGAUGUAUUUCUCUUAAGUUUCCUAUUUUAACAUCCCGUGCCCUUUUUAGUAACUGAAAUACUAAACAUACUGAAUACUGAAAUACUAAAGUGGUGCCUAUAUUAAAACUUUUCUGCUAGAAAAGCUGAUACUUUUUCAUUAGUAAAGCAAUUCUACGUAUAUGUAAGUAAUAUACAACUUUCCAUAUCGAUGGAAUAUUUUUUUUUCCAAAUUUUUAACGAUUGGACUUAGUAAGUGACUAUGUAAUAGAUGAUAAAAUCAUAUGGCGAGAGUGAAAAAAACUAGUUUAACUUGGCUCUGAGUUAAACAUGUUAAAAUAUGGCACUCAGAUGUAACUCGAGAUAAGCCAUUUUAAAUUUGAUUGUGUACUCAAAGAAACUUUAAUAAACAUAAAAUUAUUUAAAAUUUUAUACUAAAAUAUUUUUAGUAUGGUAACCUGGUCAAGAUUCAUGAUAUGACUUUAGAUAUAUUUCCUGUUUUGUGUUAAAAUCAUGAUGUGAAGGAUCUGAUGUUGAAUUGUUAACUGCUUUUGGAGGGCAUAACAUUUUUAACUUCUUGUCUUGUAAAAGUAGGUGAAAAGCUUUUUGCAUCCUGCUCUGUAAUUCCAUUUAGCUUUUUUACUGUUUCAAUGUGUAUAUAUUUUUUCCCUUUGUUAUACAUGAUUUAUAAGGAAAAAUUUUUAUGAUUAAGAUUAUUGAAAUAAUAAACAUUCUUAAAAAUAAUUGCAUAAAUAUUUUCUAAAUUGAAACUAGUAUAUUAUAUAUGAACUUAUUUUCUUUUUCUUAAAAAUUAACUACUUUUUGCUUUUUUUAGACUUGCUUCCUUUUCACAUUGUCAAUUCUUGCUGUAAAAUAUUCAUUCAUAAAUAAGAAAAUGACUAGUAAAAGUGCAUAGAGGUGUAAUAUUUCUUGUAUUAUACUAGAAGCUCUCUGUAACUAACUGAGCAAAAUAUAAGAUUUUAUAUAAUAUUUUUGCAGGAUGUGUGAAUAUAUAGUGUUCUUUAUUAAAUAUUAAAAGAAAUAAAUAUAAAUUGUUUUGAUAUAUUUUGAUUUUUAAAUUGGAACGUUGUACAGUUGUAUUUUUAUAUGCCAACCCUUUACUAUGCCAAAAUAUUUUUUAUUAAUGUACAAUAGUUGUCAAUUUUAUUUCUGGCUUCAAGAUUUGCAAAAUACUCUGUAUGUAAAUUUUGUAAUGUGAUAAUGCUCUUGCCUGCAUCUAAACAUUUGCAUAUGUACAAGCUGUAUAUUUUCAGAAAUAGCUCAUCACUGAUAUUUUCAUUUCAACAUUGAAAAAUAUCUACCGAGUUACUUAUGAAAUAAAAUUGUUUUUGUUAAAUUGCUUA